AUGGCGCAAUCGUGGAAACACAUCCUCAAUCCCGUCGUCGAGCAAGAACAACACAAUGAACAACCGACUCCCAUAAGCAAUACAUCUCUGGCGAACCACCAGUCAGCGCCAUUAAGCAAUGUCCCCGCAGAGCUGUACUUCAAUGCGAAUGAACCUUUCAACAUGGACUUUUCGCUCAAUGGCUGGAACGACUACACAGGAGAGCUUCCUCGAGAGAGCGAAUAUCUCGGGCCUGGAUCAUCAAAUCCGCUCGCCAAUGUCCCAGUGCAUCAGCAAAACUACUUUCCGACGGACAUGAUCUUGGAUCCACAGCUCAUGGGUCUAGACAUGGGGAUCAUGGACGCCAAUCUCAACUUCAUGCUGCCUGUAACGACAGAACAGCAGACCAAUUCUUUCGAACUAGCGCAUUCGAUCGAAAACUCCCAGUAUCUAGGGUUACCGAUGGAUAGUUCACAAGACGAGUCUUCCGUAACACCCGAUGUUAUGUGUUCCAGCCAAUCGAAUUUAACGCCAGAAACUGUGCCCGACGUCGACGACACAGAAGAGGGAGGGCGGGAGGAAGAAGAAAGCUUAUUCGUGACAGAUCAGGACGAAACAAUAGUACACUAUGGUAUGCUCCACAACGUCGAAGUCAAACUGGUUCCGGACGACAUGUCAUCCUUCGACGAUCGACUAACGACAGGCGACUCACCGUACCAAUACUUCAAGCCUACGGAAUACCAAAAGCAAGUAAUGCUUUGUUUCCCAGAGGAUGAGAAGCACUUUGGGCAUCUAUCCUCUGCAGCUGGACAAACUCUUAUGCCGCUGAUCACCCGUCCGCGAGUGGAGGUUGAGCCUUUAGCAUUGAAGAUCGACUUAAGAGAGAUUAUUCACCGCGCGAAUAAAUCUGCCGAUGCACGGGUAAAGGUCGACAUCAAUAUCUAUGGACCAAGAUCUGUGGGGACGUCUAUUGGGGAAAUUCUCUCAAACGGGAAGCUGUGGCUGCAACGAUCGAGCCAUAGUAAAGACGGAACGGAAUACGACAACCCACAUUUUCUAACCAUUACUGUCACCGACGGGCACAACGGGCUGGUCCAAAAUGAGGUCGUUGCCAAUAAUGGACCAACAAAGAAAAAGACACGAGAGGAACAACUUCGAAAGAUGGUGGAAGAAGUCUACAACGCAGUGGACAAUACGCGAGAACUGGAACUCGUCGAAGGAGGCGAUAGAGUCACCCGUCAACUUCUCAGACAUCAAAAAGAAGCUCUAGGCUUUAUGCUGGAGAGGGAAUCAGGACAUAUCAAUGACAAAUACCGACUCUGGAAAGAAAUCGUCCAGAAUGGGAGGGUACAAUAUCGCCACAGAAUUACCAAAAGAAGGAGAGACACGAGGCCCGAAGAGAAAGGCGGUGGGAUUUUGGCCGAUGAUAUGGGGAUGGGAAAGUCGCUUUCGAUCCUUGCCUUGGUCAUGAAGACUUUGGAUAACGGGCAGGAGUGGGCGAACUUGAAGAACGCUGAACACAAAGGAAGAAAGACGACUAGGUUUUCCCGAUCAACCCUGGUCGUCGUCUCCGCUGCGCUUCUGGUUGAUGAGUGGAUGAAUGAGGUCAAAAAACAUUUGCAGACUGGUCUCAAGAUCGUCAAGUAUCAUGGCGACAGACGACCCAAGGAUCUCUCCGAUCUCAACAUGGUUGAAGACUCAGAUAUUGUGGUAACGACUUACCACACACUUACCACUGAGUAUUUAAUAGGCAAGGGAAAGACUUCGCCGUUGUACAAGCUCGGUUGGUAUCGCGUUGUUCUUGACGAAGCUCAUAUCAUUCGACGUCCAUCUACCAAGUUCUUUCAAGCCUGCGACUAUCUUCACGCCAACUCCCGCUGGUGUCUAUCUGGAACACCCAUCCAAAACAAACUCGCCGACAUAGGCUCACUCUUCCGUUUCAUUCGGGCUGAGCCUUUUGACAAAGCAUCCGAAUUCCGAAAGUGGAUAGAGACACCAUUCGGCAAUUCCUACGACGAUCUCACUCUAGUCAAGGAUCGUCUGGUUAUGCUUCUUGAGGCCUUGUGUCUGCGCCGCACUCGAGAGGUUUUGGACCUUCCAAAAACACGUCAAUUCGUGCGGCAUCUCAAGUUCAACAAGCCGGAGAGAGAUCAAUACGAAAGAACAAGAAAUAUCAUUAUGCGAAACAUGGAACAUCGUAUGGGAGAAGUAGAGAAGAGUUCGCAGUUCGGUAUGUUCCAGAUGCGGCUUCAACUACGUAUCGUGUGCAACCACGGAACGUACCAAAAGCUUUUCUCGUGGCAUCGAAGGAACCUACUGGAGGAACGAGAAGCUAUUGUUGGAACCGCUGGUCAAUAUGGGGAGAUGUUGUGUGUUGGCUGCGAGCAACCGAUGCCAGUUCUUGGACACGAUUGGUCGAAGAAAAUGUUUGAAGAUGGAUGUUCUCAUGUUUUGUGCACAAAAUGCAUUGAAGACUCGCAAUUUUCCGAGCUCGAAAUUUCACAAAGGCGUUGUCCCGUCUGUGUGCGUUGGUACCAAGCACCUUCGCCUACAGGGGAUGAAGAGGAUGGUACAUCUCGACGUAAGCGAAAGAGAAAUGCGACGACAAAGGAUGAUCACGAACAUUAUUUCAACGCCGAGGGUCAUUCGACUAAAAUUCGAGCACUCGUUGAAGAUGUGCGGAAGGAUUUAUGGACGACCAAGAGUAUCAUCUUUUCGUGCUGGACCAGGACACUACAUCUCAUAGCAAGGCAUCUUGAAAAAGCCGACAUACCAUACCUUCAGCUCGACGGAAACAGCCCUCUGCCCCAGCGACAACAGACUUUGAACAAAUUUGAAAAUGGGACUGAGACGCCAGUGCUGAUUAUGACGACUGGCACAGGAGCGUUCGGUCUAAACCUGACGAGCGCCAAUCGCAUUUUUAUCGCAGAAUUGCAGUGGAACCCCAGUGUGGAGAGUCAGGCCAUCUCUCGUGCAAUUCGUCUCGGGCAGAAGAAGGAAGUUCGUGUUACAAGAUACAUAACCAAGGAUACCGUUGAAGAGGAUAUAAAGCAGCAACAAGAGUACAAGAAGUACAUUGCAGCACUUGGCUUCGAAGAAGGGAUGGAUUAA